AUGACGCUACCAGAAGAACGUUUUGAAGAGCUUAAGGAUAAACUUCUUACGGCCUUUGUCGAGGAGAAAGAUGACAUGAUCACCUUGGUGACAAUCAUAGACCUUUACUGCGAAGAAAUAAACGCCAAGGGCUCCCUAGAGCAGAAAGUGGACUUCUUGAAAUUUUUAUUAGGGCUUUUGCAACAGAAUAAAGAUGUUGUUUAUGAGAUUGGAUGGGAUUUGCCCAAAAUUUUGAUCAACUUUAUUCAUUGGGCCAAUAGAAGCGCUGGCUCUUUGGAAGUUUCGAAACAAUUACUAUGUGCUACUAUGAAGUGCUUCAAUGAAGUCGCUUUAUUUGGUAAUGCGAAGGAAUGUUUCUUCGCCGGAUGCGAGUUGAUGAAGUCGAUAAAAAUUAAUGAUGAGUCUUUGAUACGGUUGAUUUUAGAGGAAGAGCCAUUAGCUGCAGAGUCAGAAGGCGAGGACGAAAAUGAAAGUGAGAGUGAAGAAGGCAAUCAUGGUGAUGCUGACGAUGAUGAAAAGAAGAAGAAGGAGAAGAAGAAAAGUACUAAAGAUAGCAACCUUUCUGAAGAAAGUGACUUAUUACGUGAUCUGGAAGCUGGAGUUCAGUAUUACGGUAGACAGCCACAGGAAUUGAUUGCAGAGCUAAGAUUCCACGCAAUCAUUGAGUUAAUUGGCAGUACUCUAAAGCGUGUCGUUACUUUGUACCCAUCAAAGUUCCUCGGUGAGGCAGUCAGCUCACUUGUUCUCUUCAUUUCCCAUAAUAACUCCGAGAUGGACGAUGCUUUGUUCGCGUUGCGUAGAAUAUAUUCUUUCAUCAGAGGUUAUAUCCCUCCCUCUUCUCCACCAAAUGCGAAUGAGGAGGUAUCUGAAGAAGAUUUGAAAAGUAUUAAAGAUGCAGAAGAGGUGCUUCAAAGGAAACUAAUUUGCAACUUGUUAACUAUUUCUGCUGCACAGUUGUUAAAAGAAAAAACACUUAAUGCUAAUGUCAGAUAUCAUAACUCUAUUCAUCCAGGUUCCGACAUGGAAGUCAUCAGUGAUUACAGCAAUAUGAUUUUGGACAUGAUAUUUAGAUAUUAUCAAUUGGCAAUUUCGUUCGAUAUUGAUGUCGCCAAAGAGUUCCAGAGACUAUGUAUUGAUGAAUCAAAACGGAUUUAUCGUUCCUUACCAAAGAAUGAAGAUAUAAAAUCAGAAGAAGAAUUGAAAGAAAUCACAAACUUGUCUUACCAAUUGGCAUAUACAUAUGAAAUUGAAAAGGUGGCUAACGUGAAAGAAAUUUUGUUACACCCAGCAGGUAUCUGCAUGUUGUACACGCUCUCGGGAGAGAAUAAUUUACCAGAGCCUGAUAUCAAAUUGUCAGUGGAAGAUGCAAUUUACUUGUACUUAAGAUUCUGCACCCCUCCCAUGCUAUCCUCUAUAUUUGAGAACAAGGCCCUUCAAGAUGCUGCUCGCAUGUGGGUCCUUUACGCUUUAACCAAUAGCUCCGUCACAGAGUCCAUGGAAUCUUUGAAGAACAUUCCUUCUUACUUGGUGUCAUUGUUUUUGCAAGUAGAAUUAUUCCGAGCCUCUCACCAGAUAUCUGAUAGCGUAAGAAAAUUGGAGUUUUCGGUGAUUACUAGAGUGUUGUGUUUAAUGCCUGAGGACUUUGCGUUUAGUUUCAUCAAGGACACCUUAUUGAGUUGCCCAUAUGAACAAGCAAAAUGUUGCGUUUUGGCAAUUUUAAAAGACAUGAUGAUUCGUGGCAAGAGAAUACAAUCAGAAAAUAAAGCGGAUGAUAUAGUCAAUGAUAUGGAGAAACUUCGUAUCCAAGAUAAGCCUCCUCUCCCAGCUAGACCAUAUAUCUUGAUCAACGAAGACAGAAUUGCUACAUUGCAUAGUAUCGCCAUUCUUUCAAUUAAUGACUGUGUUAUCAGUCCUGAGUCAACAAAAUUAAGAACUCUAUUGACCUACUUGAACUUCUUUAUAACAUUCCAGAAAAAGUGGGAUCAAGAUUUGCUUAAAGAAAUAUGCGAUAAAGUUAACGAACAAAUACUAACACAGGAUAAGAGCAGCGAUGAAAUUAGAACCCAGUAUCCUCUUAUAGAGCAUGCUGUGGAAUCUAUUUCUGCAAAAUUUUGA